AAACGUGAAAAUAACGAAAGUGGUAAAGAUUACUUCGUCUUUGGAGGAUUAUUCCAAGGCGGCGAGGCGGAGGUGCGGCAACAGCGUCAGCAACGGAGAAGCCGCAACUGCCUCAAUGCAUCAAUCAGAAACCUUCAAACUAAAUGCUCCAAUCAAGCAUUCGAUUGGGGACGCCGAGAGCCUUAUCUGAGGCUUGCUCAUGUAUUCGAUACCAACAGCUACUGA